AUGGUACUUAAGACAACAUUAGUUAUUCUAGGAUUAUCUACACUAGUUAGCGCGAAUCCAUAUUUCAUUAACACACCUAAGAUUCCUUUUAACUUUGGCAAUCAUAUAACUGGUGAUUACUUUUCAGAAUACAUCUAUGCUAAUCAGCAGAAGAGAGUUGUGUUUGAAGUCUUAAUAAAGGAUGUAGAUAUUAGUGAGUGGACUUAAGAUGGAAUGAGCGGUCAUUGGUUUGCCUUUGGACUGGAUCGUGUUCAAGACAAUGAUAUUCACUGGGAUCUCAUAAUGUGCGAAUUCAAGUACAAUCCUAGUGAUCCACACAAUGAAAUGCACUGCUCAGAUAGUAUUUGGGAUAACGAUGAAUGGUGGAAUGAGGACUAAUACCAAGAAAGCGCUUUCAUUGAUUCUCAAAAAAUCACAUUUGACUAAGAAAACAAAAAGGUUACAUUCAAACUAGACAUUGUAAAAAGAUUCCACACUCCUAUAGGCCAUCAAGAUACUGUCAUCACUGAUGGCUCUGAGGUUAAAAUAACCUGGAUGUAUGGCAGUAUGGAAGCAGGUUUCCCAGUUUUUAGAAAGAGUGGCUCCAAGAGAGGGAAUGCAGUAAUUAAGUUGGAUAAUCUUGAUGAGUACCUUGCAAUAGAGAAUGCUAAGCAUCAUGAAGAUCUGUGA